GGGCUCGAUUGGGCAAGGAUGAGACGAGAUUGUCUUCGGGAUAAUAGCUGACCAGUGUGCUGUGUCUUACAGGAUAUGUUUUCUUCCGAAUCAUGGUUCCCCACGCCGCAAGGUGGUGCGCUCGAGGACUGGGCCGACGAUUAUCGCCGAGCUGAAAUGCUGGUGCGGAAUAUGACGCUCAUCGAAAAGAUCAAUAUCACCACUGGUGUCGGAUGGCAGAUGGGCAUGUGUGUCGGGAAUACAGCACCCGCCGAAUUCGUGAAAUUCCCCUCGUUGUGUCUGCAGGACGGGCCACUGGGGCUGCGCUAUGCGGAUUUGAUCUCCGCCUUCCCCGCCGGGAUCACCACCGGCGCUACCUGGAACCGGGAGUUGAUCCGCCAGCGAGGCGUGGCGUUGGGGGAGGAGGCUCGCAUCAAGGGGGUCAAUGUGCUCCUCGGUCCUUCCAUGGGUCCCUUGGGCAUGAUGCCUGCUGGUGGUCGCAAUUGGGAAGCGUUCGGCGCCGACCCGGUUCUUCAGGGGGUGGCGGCCGCAGAGACGAUCCAGGGUAUUCAGAGCACUGGAGUCAUGGCCACGGCGAAGCACUACAUCAUGAACGAGCAGGAACAUUUCCGGCAGCCCUACGAGUGGGGCAUCGCAACAGCCUUGUCGUCCAACAUCAACGACCGUGCGCUCCAUGAGGUCUUUCUGUGGCCCUUUGCGGAAGCCAUCCGGGCCGAUGUUGCUAGUGUCAUGUGUUCGUACCAGAUGGUGAACAACAGCCACGCCUGUGAAAACAGCAAGCUGCUGAACGGCAUUCUCAAAGAUGAACUAGGGUUCCAGGGCUUCGUGCAGUCCGACUGGCUGGCUCAACGCUCGGGGAUCAAUAGCGCCUUGGGCGGGCUCGACAUGAGCAUGCCCGGCGACGGGCUUCGCUGGGCGGACGGUAAGUCUCUCUGGGGUCCAGAGUUGACCCGUGCCGUGCUCAACACCUCAGUGCCGAUGGAGCGGUUGAAUGAUAUGGUCACUCGUAUCGUAGCGGCCUGGUACCACUUAGGACAAGAUACGUGGGAGCGACCGCCUCCCGAAGGAGACGGCGGCCCUAAUUUCUCGUCGUGGACCAACGACGAGGUCGGCUGGCUCUAUCAAGGAUCGCCCGGCGACGAGACUUAUGGCGUGGUGAAUCGCUUCAUCAACGCGCAAGGCGAGGGCGACAACGCCCACUGGAUCAUCGCGCGCAAAGUUGCGACCGAGGGAAUUGUGCUCGUAAAGAACGACCGUCAGACGCUGCCAUUGUCCCGCCGCCCCACUGCCGAAUCGGGAGGCGUGUUUCGCGUGGGGGUCUACGGUGAUGAUGCGGGUCCGGCACAGGGUCCCAACGCCUGCGCCGAUCGCGGGUGCAACCAAGGGACCUUGGCGAUGGGCUGGGGCAGCGGCACGGCCGAGUUCCCGUAUCUGGUCAGCCCGCUUGAGGCUUUGCAGUCCGCCUGGGAGACGGAGGUCGAAGUGAAGCCCUAUCUGCGCAACGCGGUGAUGCCGGCGGAAGCGGCCGACAAGGAUCUGUGUUUGGUGUUUGCCAAUGCCGACUCGGGAGAAGGCUUCAUCUCCGCGGGGGGCAUUCACGGCGACCGCAAUAAUCUGUUCUUGCAGAAGGGCGGCGACACGUUGAUUGAGACGGUCGCGCGGAACUGCGCUGGGCCGACUGUGGUGGUGGUGCACGCCGUGGGCCCUGUGGUGGUGGAAUCGUGGAUUGAUCUUCCGGGAGUGGAUGCGGUGCUAUUCGCGCAUCUGCCUGGCCAGGAGAGCGGCAAUGCCUUGACGGAUGUCUUGUUUGGCGUGGUCGAUGCCAGUGGUCGACUGCCGUACACGGUCGGCAAGAGUCUGGCAGACUACGGACCCGGUGCGCAGGUCCUGUAUGAGCCCAACGCACCCGUGCCGCAGGUAGAUUUCCGGGACGGGCUGUAUAUUGAUCAUCGGUAUUUCGAUCGGCACAAUAUCACGCCACGAUUCGAGUUUGGGUUUGGAUUGUCGUACACCACGUUUGAGCUGGCCGAUCUUCAUGUCCAGGGGCUGCAAUCCAAAUCCCGUCUCCCGGCGUCUCGACCGCCGCAGACUGGUUUCCCGCCUGCGUACGCGACAGAGCCCCCGCGCAAUGAGUCGGUGCUGUUCCCUGCCGAGUUCCAGGCAGUCCCCCAGUACAUCUACCCGUACGUGACGUCGAUGGAUGGCACCGAGGCGGCCAACUACACGCAUUAUCCGGAUGGAUACGACCAACCGCAGCCGUUGUCGGCGGCGGGAGGCGGCCUGGGCGGCAAUCCAUCGCUCUAUAAAGAGGCGGUGAAUGUGGAAGUCGCGGUGCGCAACACGGGGGCGCGGGCCGGACAGACGGUGGUGCAGGUGUAUGUCUCAUUCCCUGAGGAGGUGACGGAGGAUGGCGACUGGGUAGAGGUGCACGAGGGGGCACGUCGGUCCAGCAAGGUCAAGCUGGAGCGGAUGCCGGAGACGAUUGAAUUUCCCACCCGCGUGCUGCGGAACUUCACCAAGGUGGCCUUGGAGGCCGGGGAGCAGCAGACGGUGGCAAUGACGUUGAGCCGAAAAGACCUGAGUUAUUGGAGUGUGCGGGAGCAGAAUUGGGUGAUGCCGGAUGGCGAGUUUGCGAUUUGGGUCGGGCAGAGUUCACGGGACUUGCCCUUACGAGGACAGUACUGAAUGAACUGCAGGUUGGAGUAAUUUGUGAUGUGAUAAUUAGUGAGACACACAUCAACUAGGCGGGGGGGGAUCCGGCGAAUCCGAGACAUGUACGGAGUAGUCUGUAUUGUGUAGAUAGAUACUGC